AUGAAAGAAGAAGAGAACCCCGAAAAUUCGAAGCCCACUAAGUGGCCUCUCUUCAUCGAGGAGAAAACCAAGAAACUGGCUUUGAAAGAGGAGCCAGAUCUUCCGCUCUCAGAGCAAGCCAAAUCCACAAGAAAGCCGUCCGGAACUACCGAGAAACGCGCCCUUCCUUCAGGCCCUACCCCGGCAACACUGGCCACAAAGCCUGGAACGACCAUUCCACGCCCCUCACCUAUCUUGGAUGAUAAAGCAGCGGAGAUUCUCGUCCUUCUGAAGUCGAUGCAGAAAACCCAGAGAGUAAUGGACCAGAGGAUCGAAACCCUCACUCGAGAAAUCUCUACCAUGAAACGCCACGUCGAAAGCCUCACCGCCAAGGGGACCCAGACCCUCAUCGACCUGGACGAGUGGAUGACGAACCGGCCCAAGAUCGUCUGGCAGCAGACGUCGAUGCAUGACUUCUUCGAACCGCCUCCCCCGAAGCCGCUUCCUCCCAUAUUUUCAGCAUUCUCGCCCGCUCCGACACAGACUUCGGCAGCCACCCCCAAGCAGAGCCAGAAGCCUGAGCCUUUGAGCAUGCCCCGGCGUCCUCUGCCGGCUCAACCCGUGAGGAGAGAAGUUUCCCAACCUGCUCGUCCUAUGGCAACCAAGACCAUUUCGAAGAGGCGGCCUAGUAAGAUUGCGAGACCUGGGCCGCCACAAAACAACACGGAGAAUCAGACCAACGCUGGGGGUGCCACCCGUGGGUAG